AUGGAACUUGUUGAGGAAUUAGCUGUGGAGCUGGUGGAAGAUGAUUAUCCUGGAUUAGUGAAGGAAGCUAUUGCUGAACAAGGCUCUCAAAAAAAUGGAAUUCAAUUUAAUUCAUGUGCAACACUUUCAUCGAUUGGUUAUGUAAGAAUGAUUGUUGGAAGAAAUCUUUUCGUGUGGAAUUUUACUAAUGAGGAUAAAACUUUUGAAACUCCCAAACAGUUGCUUCUUCCUCCUUCUGGUUUGCCUUAUUCUGUUGCUACAACGAGUAUAUAUUUAAAUACUGGCUUUUCGGAUCCAGGAGUUCUAGCUGUAUCGCCUGAGGGUGUAAUACGUCAUUGGCCUGUUGUAGGACGUCAGUUUAAUGAUUCCGUGGUUGAAUUGCAGAGUGAGGUUGCUUUGUCAUUGCUUGUUCUAAAUGGUCAUGGUUCAGAUACGUUACAUUUUUUGUUAUCUACAACGACUUGUUCUUUUUUUCUGUUGUCGGUUGAACACACAGCUAGCACAGAUAAGCCUCAUUGGCCUUCAGUUUCGGUAAUUGCUAAAUUGAUUUAUUCUGAUAUUAAACGAGGUAUUGGUAGCCGUGUCACUUCAGUAUUGUUUGGUGGCAUAACGCCAAUCAGAUCACACUUGAUAAAAUCGUUAAUUUAUGAAGAAACAUCUGGCGAUAGCGAAAGUGAAAAUGGAUUUGAGGUUAUUAAGUGUUUCAAAAACCGUGUAUCAAACAUGUUCAUCCUGGCAUUAAAAGAAAGUGAACUUGAAUUAUAUUCAAUAAGUCCACCUGCUAAACUGUGGAUUUAUAACUUAUCUGAGAGACCAAAGUUAUUGCAGAUGACAAGUGGAGAAAGCGAAUAUCUUGUUUGUAAACCUGAAUUAUUAAAAAUUUGGCUAAUUGAUGCUGUAAAUUUUCGCAGUGGAAUGUUUGUUCUUUUAGCUUGUUCAAAGCUUUCAUCAAAUGCUGUUGUCCAUUUCGGCAUUGGAUACAUUGCGGAUUAUGGCAGAGACGUUAUGCCUUCUGGAUUUGAAUGGUUCCAAAUCAUGAAGUUAUCUUCCGGAGAACUAUAUAGAUCCAGUGAUGAACAAUGUUUCAUGAAAAUAUCACUGAGAGUACCAACGAGACUUCGUAGUGGUUCACAUGAAUUCACCGAAGGAAUAGUUAUGGUAACAUCUAAAUCAGUCUACGCCAUUCGCUUACCUAAUAUUCUGGAUAACCAUGCAUUUCCUACAAUAUAUUCUCUUAAAUUGGAGGACGAAAUCAUUAGCUCCGCAACUGAUGCAAAUUUCUCUUAUGUAUUCUUGCGCGAUGGAGGUUUAUAUCGAAUUCGCCUUUUACCUAGAGGAUUUGACGCGACAUUGGCGCAAUCUAUCAAAAUAAACCUUUUUAACUCUCAAGAAAUGCCUACAUCUUUUCCUUCAGAAGGUCGUUUACUGGCUAAUGCUUUCUUGUCAUUCACAAAAGGCGAUAUGCUGAAUGCUCGAACCAUUUUAAACGACUUACUUGCUAUUCGUCACACGACAAUGGCUCAGCUGUGCAUAGAAUUUGCAGUAGGUAUCGUAAAUGAUAUUCCAAAUGACAAAAGGUGGAUUGAUGCCGGAUACGAACCAAAAAAUACCAGUUUAUCCGACCAGUCUUUUCUAAUUGAAGUUCAUCUCGCUGUUCAGAAGAAGAAAAUCCUCGCAAUGUUCGUUUUAUUCAUUCAAAGCAUGCAACUAAACUUCCAGGUUGUUUUUGCAAGUUUAAGUUUAUUCUACUUUUCUACUUGCCUUAGAGAGGUGUAUUUUCAGUUUGAUAAAGUUAUUAAAACGGUUCUUACUGAUUCUCGAAGCGCCCGAUCACAACUUACCGAAUUGAUUGAAAAACUGGAAAUUGCAAUUGCAAUAUAUGAUGUUAGAUAUAAUGAAUUUUUGGAAUGUCAAAGACCAGUUAUGAUUUCUGCAAUUAAGCGGGCAGUCGACGCUGAGGAACAUUUCAGGAAUGAAUUCAGUUUUACGCUCGCUCUUUAUGAUUAUUUCUUUCAGAAGAUAACGAAGAUUGAUCGAAUUUUCACUUUUUUACUAGAAGAACAAAAAUUGAAAAUAAAAGAUAAUUUGGGGCAAGAUAUUGCUAUCAAAUGGGUCGAAGAUUCGACAUUUGUCGUAGCAAAAGCAUUAGAAGCUGUAACUUUAAUUAGAGCUGAAAAUCCUUUUCAUACUGGUGACGAUUUGCUUUGGACUCAACAAAAACCGUUUGUCGAUUUGAUUAUAGCUCAGGUCGAUAUCGCUCUCGAAGUGGCACGAACUCACAAAAAAUUAGACACUUUUUCCUUUUUCGAGACUAUUCUCAAAAUUUCUUUUUUUAUAUUGGAACAGAUGGAUUCCGCUUCAGUGGACAAAUCGGCAUUUAUACAAAAAUUUUUCAAUAUUAAUGUGAAUGCAGCCAUUGAUUUGGCCAAGUUCUUUAAAGAUUACAUUUCUCUUAUCAAAUAUGUUGAAAAUUUGCCUUAUAAUGAAAUGAUCAAGAAAAUUAAAGAAUUCAAAAGUGCUGUCGAUUCUCCCGAUUUUAAUGCCGUUCUUUAUGAAUUUUAUUUUAGGAAAGGUUAUAUAAAGGAACUUCGAGAAGAAACGGGAGAUUUCUGUGAUGAAUUCUUCGCAACUCAUAAAAAAAUCAGUUGGUUGAGAUAUUUGGAUCGUGGGGAAUACGAAAAGGCAUAUCGAUGCUUGAAGACGCUGAUCCAGCAGUGCGAGGAUAUUAUGGAGAAAAAGCUCUAUCUUUCUUUCGCCAAACUUUGUUUAUUGUCUGCAGAUUCAGUUGAUGAAGAUUCAUUAGCUGAAAUCCACAAUUCUUUUAGUGUAAUAAAGCACCAGGAAGAAAUUCCACUGGAUUUGACUAAGAAAAUUAUUCCAAAAGUGAUUUCUGCCUCCGAUGAUGGAAAAAAAAAAAUGAGACCGUUGACGAUUGAGGAACUGAUACAAAUAAAUUUAAGCGAUACUGACGAGGAAAGGGUUUUGUCUAGUUAUUCAAGGGCCUUAAGGAUUUUCAUAUCUUUGGUUCAAGAUACGAGUGCGGAAUUUCAUUCAGAAUUGAUCGGUUCUCUGCGUAGCAAAAUAUGGUUAUCAAUCUUACGGUCAGAUAUUACUGAUUGGCCAACCUUGAACCUGGAUGCAGUGAAAAACACUAAGUUUUGUCUUGUGCUUGAUUGGAUGUUGGAUGCUGAAAUCGAUUCAAGAUACAAGAUAAAAGCAUUACCUAAUGUGCAUGAACUUGUUAACGUUAUGCCGGAGUUAAAGGAUUUUCCAUCGACAGCUUUGUUAUUUGAAGCCGAAGAAGAAAAAGCUCGAGAAAAACUUAUGAACUCCGUAGUUUAUGAAAAUGAAUUUGAAAAUAGAAUACCGUACCGUCCACCUGUUAAAUCGAACCUCAUUCACGAUGAAGACGAAAAUCAUCGCGAGAAAAUUUCCUUUUAUAAAAGCUACAGGUGGAAAUGGGAAGUAUAA